CUUCUAAUUUGGGGGCCCAAAAAAGGUUAAUCUCUUUUCUGGGUCCUUGCAAUUCACCUUCAUGUUGAAUUGAUUUGAACGAAUCAAUUAUAAUUUGAAGCUGCAAGGUUAAAAGAUUCAAUUAUGAAUAUUUGAAAGGAUGUCUAAUAUCUUGCAGCUCUUAUAUAUGUGCCUGUAUGUAUAAAAAAAAAAAAAGAAAUUAGAACAAAAGAUACACACAAUUUCAUUGUUGUGCCUCCUCAAAAGAACUCAAAAACCUUGAGUUCUCAAAUGGAUAACAAAGGAAGUAGCAAGAAAUUUAAAGUGCAAGUUAACCUAAACGGAGACGACAGCGACGUGGAUUCUAUUAAGAGAUAUUCUGUCUCUUCUCUAUCGUCAGACUCAUCAUUAGAUUCUGACGAUAGAGAAGAGCCAGGAAAUAGAAAUAGUUUCGAGCAUAGUUAUGAUCUACAUGUAUAUGAUUCUCCCGUAUGGAGCUACACGGGUGCUUCAACUACACAUUCUCCAUCUCAUUACACAAUGGAAAGCGGUUAUGAUCCGAACAGAAUUCCAGCAUCUGUGUUUGGUAAAUCAAAUCCUAAUGAUCAAUGGAGUGUUGCAUCAAAUGAAUCUUUGUUUAGUAUCCGAUUAGGGAAUGGGAGUUUCAUAACUAGGGACAUUUCUUUUGCAAUGAACAAUAAUAAUAACAAAUCCGGGGAACUUUACAAUGUUUCCAUGCCAUUGCCAACUGUUCAGGAAGUGAGUUAUGAAGAAAACAACAACAGACACUCCGUCUCGUCGGAUUCGUCGGACGGAAGUUUGGUUCUUGAUUUGGAAAAGCAUGAACGUAAGAAUGAUGAGGAAUCAAGAAAAGUUGAGACAAAAGUAUUGGACAAAACAACAAUGGAUCAUCAUAGUAAAGAAGCAAAUAAUGCCCCUGUUGUGUCUUACAGAUCCAUGGAGAGCGGUCGUUCGUUUCAGUUUCCGAUGUAA